AUGUUCAUGCUAGUUUAUGUUGACUACAUAAUUGUGGCUAGCUCCUCGCAGGAAGCAGUUGACGCUCUUCUACGAGAUUUAGAAAAAGAAUUUGCCAUCAAGGACCUUGGUGAGUUGCACUAUUUCUUGGGCAUUCAAGUUCACAGGAAAAAGGGUGAGCUGUUUCUGACACAGGAACGUUAUGCAUCUGAAAUUCUGAAAAGAGUUAACAUGCAAGCAUGUAAAUCAGUCAAAACACCACUUUGUGUCACUGAGAAGCUAUCUGUUACUAGUGGAUCAAAAUUGAGAGUAGCAGACUCCACAAGGUACAGAAGUAUUGUUGGAGCCCUGCACUACUUGACCCUAACUCGACCUGAUCUAUCCUUCUCAGUUAACAGAGUGUAUGCAGAUUGGGCUGGAUGCCCAGAUGACACGCGCUCUAUGGGGGGCUUCGCUGUCUACCUCGGCUGCAAUAUUGUAUCAUGGUGUGCAAGAAAACAAGCUACCAUGUCUAGAUCAAGCACAGAAGCUGAAUACAAGUCCGUUGCCAAUGCUACUGCUGAGGUAAUGUGGAUACAGAAACUACUUGAUGAAUUAGGUAUUCCACACCCUCAAGCAGCAUGUUUAUGGUGUGAUAAUAUUGGCGCAAAAUAUCUAUCAGCUAGUCCUGUGUUCCAUGCUCGAACAAAACAUAUAGAAAUUGAUUAUCACUUUGUGAGAGAACAAGUUGCAGCAAAGCGUCUGGACAUCAGGUUUAUCAGCACUAAGGAUCAGAUUGCCGACGGCUUCACAAAAGCACUCCCUGUCAAGCAAACAGAGAUGUUUAGGAACAAUCUCAAUCUUUCAGACAAGUUGUGA